AUGUUCUCUGCUGCCUCAUUCAAUCAUUUGACCAGGUCAUCAUUGAGAUUCUACUCAACUGCUGCCAACAUAAAGAAUGUUGGUGUUAUUGGAGCAGGUCAGAUGGGAUCUGGUAUUGCCCAAGUACUCUCACAGACUGCCAAGAGGAAUGUUAUAAUCGUCGAUCAAUCACAGGCAAUGUUGGAGAAAUCACAGAAGCUCAUCAACUCUCUGCUGACCAAAGGUGUUGAGAAGGGAAAGAUCGCCGAGGCCGACAAGCUGGCCACACUCCAGCGUAUCUCCUUCACCAACGACAUCAAGAACUUGGCUCAGGCCGACUUUGUCAUUGAGGCCAUCGUCGAGAACACCGAGGUCAAGUGCAACCUCUUCAAGGACCUGGCCAAGAUCUGCCGUCCAGACGCCAUCCUCGCAUCCAACACCUCGUCCAUCUCCAUCACCAAGAUCGCCGCCGCCACCCCCAACCCCGACAAGGUGAUCGGCAUGCACUUCAUGAACCCAGUGCCCGUCAUGCAGCUGGUCGAGAUCAUCUCGGGUCUGCAGACCUCGGACGACACUCACAAGAUUACUCUCGAUCUGGCCAAGGAUAUGGGCAAGGUCACCACCAACGCCAAGGACAUUCCAGGCUUCAUUGCCAACCGUCUUUUGAUGCCAUACAUCAACGAGGCUGUCCAAGCUUUCUACGAGGGCAUUGGUACCGUUCAAGACAUUGACACCACCAUGAAGCUUGGCUGCAACAUGCCCAUGGGACCACUUACCCUUGGUGACUUUAUCGGUUUGGACACAUGUCUUUCAAUCAUGAAUGUCUUGCACUCACAGCUUGGAGACAGCAAGUACAGACCAUGCCCAUUGUUGGUCAAGUAUGUUGAGGCUGGUCGUCUUGGCAAGAAGUCAGGUCGUGGAUUCUACACCUAUGACAAGUAA